UCCGACCAGUUUCGAGAGUAUAUGUAUAACCCACAAGGUGAUCAGCAAUCUCAUCAUCUGAUGCUGCUUCCUGUUUCUGUUGUCAUGGUGACUGAAACAGGCCCAGUGAGUGAAGCCUGAUGCCUGAUUCCACCUCUCGCUGCAGAUGAAAUACAAGCUGCCAACCCACCGUGCUGCCUGACCGUCCUGACUUAAAAACUAAAAAGAGUCCCAGACAUGGAGGAGGAGGAGGGCAGAGUGAAUGGCUUUGGACUGAGACCAGGAAGGAGAGGCUCAGACUGGGGUCACAUCGCCCUGCUUGACAAGACCAAGGAGUUCUUCCGGACCUGCGAUGUGGAGGGGAAAGGCUUCAUUACCCGCACAGAUAUGAGGAGGCUCCACAGAGAGCUGCCUCUGUCUGCUGAGGAGCUGGAGGAUGUGUUUGACUCUCUGGAUACAGCCCGCACUGGUUACCUCACACUGGAAGCAUUCUCCUCUGGAUUCAGUCAGUUUCUGCAUGGCCGGAGGAUCUCUGUGUGUGAUGAUCAAAAUCAGGCCCCCAGCCCUGUCUUUAGGGCCAAAGAAGCCCUUUAUCAGAGCCAGUGGGAGGCCAAGCUGUCAGGAGUUGAAGACGAGGAGGAGCGGCACUUCUGUAUGCUGCUGGAGAGCCUGGGGGCCAGUAAUGUGUUCGAGGAUCCAGGCGAGGUGCGCAGUCUUUGGGCCCAGCUCAGGCGAGACGAGCCUCACCUCUUGUCCAAUUUUGAGGAGUUCCUUGCCAGAGUCACCCACCAGAUCAAGGAGGCCCACCAGGAGAAAAAGGAGAUGGAGAGUGCCCUCCAGAGGAAAGCUGCGACACACGACAGCGAGAUCCGUCAUCUAUACGAAGAGAUGGAGGCGCAGAUCAAAAACGAGAAAGACAGGCUGCUACUAAAGGACUCCGAGCGCGUUCAGUUACGCAGCCAAGACUUGGAGCACCAACUGUCUUCCAAGGAGAAAGAGCUGGAACAUCUUUUCCAGAAGCAGAGAAGAUUAGAGCACCAGUGCCACGAGCUGAGCAGCGAGAGGCAGGAGAGCCACGUGGAGAACGUCAAGCUGAAGACGACCAACGACGAACUGUCCCGUGCGCUGGAGAGCACCAGCCAGGAGCUGACGCUGGCCCAGGAACAGCUGGCCAUGCUGCAGGAGCAGGCCGCCCGGCUGCACCAGGAGAAAGAGAUGGAAAUGUACAGAGUAACCGAGGGACUGCAAAGAGAGAAGCAAAGUCUCAUGAAGCAGCUCGACCUCCUCAGAGAGAUGAACAAACAUUUAAAAGACGAGCGAGACAUAUGCUGCGGUGUACCUCGGACCUCACUCAGAAAGAAGCAGAAGCAGAGAACGGGCCUCGCCAACAUUUUCGACGACACCAGCCAGCCGGCGAAAAGUGAGGAUGACACCACCACCAGCACCACCACCACCACUAUUCCCUCUUCUGCCAAUACCACCGGCACCCCCGCAUGUCAACAACGACCCACGGCGAGGAAAAACUCUGGCUUAGCCAACGGUUACGCCAACUCCGCUCUGCCCAAAGUGCACGACGUGAAGGCAAAGGCCAAAAGGUCACCCGGCAAGAUGGCUGCCGCUAAAAGGGUGACAGGGAAAGACAGAGCGAGAGCAAAGAAAACCGAACUUGAGAAAAGGACAGAGGUAGAAGACGAGGUCUUGGACGCCCCUCCAGAUGGGUGGCCCCUCCGUCGAGUCAUCUCUAUUGAGGAGGAUCACCUGCCCCACUUGCUCCAAGGAGGACCUCAACUGCUGCUUCAUCAGCUCAGCGAGGAGGAGGACGAACUGGAUGAUGAGGAGGAUGAGGACACUCAGAAUGAAGUUGAAACAGGUGUUAUAGCUGCCACUCCACCCCCUACUCAUCCUCUAGUCCCCGUGUCGGGAGAAGCUACUUCGGAAAUGAAAUCCCGCUUUACCCGAGCGAAAAAGAUACCCAUGUAUUCAAGAGGACAGCCUGUCGGGACGGAGACCCAUCAAAAGACAAAAGAAGGAGCGCUGCUUGCCCCAGACCGCCUGUUCAAAGUGGUCCUGGUUGGCAACUCGAGCGUAGGCAAGACAUCCCUUCUCCGCUCUUUCUGUGAGGGCCGUUUCCACCCUUCCACAACUGCUACUGUGGGUAUUGACUACAGUGUGAAGACGCUAACCCUGGACAAUAUGCAGGUAGCGAUGCAGCUCUGGGACACAGCGGGUCAAGAGAGGUACCGCAGCAUAACCAAGCAGUUCUUUCGCAAGGCGGACGGCGUGGUGGUGAUGUACGACGUCACCGUGGAGGAGAGCUUCAAAGCUGUGCAACCCUGGCUCACCAACGUCCAGGAAGCAGCAGGAGAAGGGAUCCCCAUCCUCCUUUUGGGCAACAAAAUGGACAUAGAUGGAGAGAGAGAGGUGUCAUUCAAAGAAGCUGAGCAACUGGCCUAUGAUAACAGGGUGAUGUUCUUUGAGGUCAGUGCCUACACCGGCAGGAACGUGACAGAGUCCCUGACUCACCUGGCCAGAGUGUUAAUGGAGCAGGAAGACAAGGUGAGAGACACAACAGUCAUCCUCAGCGCUCAACCCGUUAAGAAGAAAGCCUGCUGCAAGUGAAGCGCACGCUCAAUUUACUGAGUUCUGCCUGGACAUUGGAUUUGCAGUUUUUAUAAGACGACAAAUCAUUCUCGGAUCUUCAUCGUAGAAUGAAAUGAUGUCUUCCAUUUUGGACCAGAAAUGCAAAACAUGUUGAAGUUGACAUGAAAGGACUGCGUUGCCCGUGUGAACAUGAGAGCUGCUGUCAAGCUUAAAUGAUGAGGUUGACGAGGGAGAGCUUAAGUCUAAAGGCAAAAAACAAAAGGCGCGUCAUUUCCUGUAAAUAGUGUAGCCAGAUCACAGUAGUGCUGUCGAUGUCAAAGAUUUAGAAACUUUAUUCUAAUUACUUUACCUAAGAGACAAAUCAUGAAUAUGCUGUAGCUUUGUUAGCGUUCAAUCUGAAUUUCUCUGUAUUUGUCGAGUAGUGUAUGUUAAUGUAGUUCUAUUUUACGUUGAAGCUGAAAUAAAUUAUUUGGAAUUCAUUCAAAUAGGCGUUUAAAUAAAAAAUCACGCGAGAAAAACCAGACCUGAUUCGUUGACAUUUUUAUUCAUCAUCAUGUUCAUCUUUUUCUUUUCAUCUUCUUUGUUCGUCUGAUCUCCAGAACAAAGCGGCACGUGACGUAUUGCAUCUGUGUUUGUUACUCUUCCGAGGCAUUGCUCUGUUUUUA